UCAAUAUCAAUACUUAAUUAAAAUGUUCAAAUAACUCUAGAUGAUGUCAAAUAAUCAAAAUUUUUAAAAGUCGUGGUAUUCAAUGGACCUGUACCUUCUUCACGCCUCCAAGAUUUGAAGCAUAAUUGUUUAAAGGGCCGUGCUCAUCAAGAAUUCUUGCUCAAGAAGUUUUGCAGCUAGCACCACCCUCUCUCUCUCUCUCUACACACACACUAUAUAUUUGUGUGUGUUUUUGGUUGAAAUAAAAAAGUUAGUUAAAGUGCCAUAAACAGGCGUGCAAUAUAUAAAGUGUAGACAUCAGUGAUUGAAAUGGAAAGGGAAGAGGCGCCGUCUGCAGCGGCGGUGGAAAAGGAAGGGCAGCCGGAAGGCAGAACGGUGCCGUUUCACCGGCUGUUUGCCUUUGCUGAUCCUGUGGAUCAAGUGUUGAUGGUAGUUGGUUCAGUGGGUGCCGUUGGGAAUGGAUUGUGUAUGCCUCUUAUGACAAUCCUUUUCGGGGAUCUCAUCGAUUCUUUCGGCCAAAACCAAAACAAUGAUGUUGUUUCCGUUGUCUCAAAGGUUGCGCUUAAGUUCGUGUAUUUGGCUAUGGGAUGUGGCGUAGCAGCAUUUCUUCAGGUGGCUUGUUGGAUGAUCACUGGAGAAAGGCAGGCUGCAAGAAUUAGGAGUCUAUAUUUGUCAACAAUUUUGAGGCAAGAUGUUGCUUUCUUUGAUAAGGAAAGUAAUACAGGAGAAGUGGUUGGAAGAAUGUCUGGUGACACUGUGCUUAUUCAAGACGCCAUGGGUGAGAAGGUUGGCAAGUUCAUUCAACUAGUAUCAACAUUCUUGGGAGGUUUUGUGAUCGCAUUUAUCAAAGGGUGGCUUCUUACGCUUGUCAUGCUAUCAUCCAUUCCUCUAAUGGUAAUAUCAGGAGGUGUCAUGUCGCUGCUCCUGUCGAAGAUGGCAUCUCGUGGCCAAGAAGCGUAUGCUAAGGCUGCAACUCUAGUUGAACAGACGAUUGGCUCAAUCAGAACGGUUGCGUCGUUUACGGGGGAGAAGCAAGCUGUGGUUGACUACGACAAGUCCCUCGUCAAGGCCUACAAAUCAGGGGUGCAUGAAGGGCUGGCAAGUGGCUUGGGGCUCGGAUCACUCAUGUUCAUUAUAUUCUGUAGUUAUGCCUUGGCUAUCUGGUACGGAGGCAAGAUGAUCUUGGAGAAGGGAUACACUGGUGGUGAGGUGAUCAACGUGAUCACUGCCGUGCUUACUGGGUCAAUGUCUCUUGGACAAGCAUCACCUUGCAUGUCGGCAUUUGCUGCGGGGCGAGCAGCAGCGUAUAAGAUGUUUGAGACUAUAAAGAGGAAGCCUGAUAUAGAUGCAUACGACACAAGUGGGGAGAUGCUAGAAGACAUCCGUGGGAAUAUAGAGUUUAGAGACGUGCAUUUCAGCUAUCCGGCUAGGCCUAAUGAACAAAUAUUCAGAGGCUUAAAUCUAUCGAUUUCAAGUGGUCUCACAGUGGCUCUGGUUGGGCAGAGUGGGAGUGGGAAAUCAACCGUGAUAAGUUUGAUAGAAAGGUUCUAUGACCCCCAACAUGGUGAAAUUUUGAUUGAUGGCAUGAAUCUGAAGCAACUUCAACUUAAGUGGAUUAGGUCCAAAAUAGGGCUUGUGAGUCAAGAGCCCGUGCUUUUCACAGCUAGUAUUAAAGAUAAUAUUGCAUAUGGCAAAGAUGGUGCAACAGUUGAGGAAAUCAGGGCAGCUGCAGAACAAGCCAAUGCUGCUAAAUUCAUUGAUAAAUUGCCCCAGGCAACAACCAUAACCUCUUACUCCUUUCUUUUUCUCAUUCAUUUUGAACAAACUAAUAAUGUGAGAUGGUUUUGUUUCCUACAGGGACUUGAUACCAUGGUAGGUGAACACGGAACUCAACUUUCGGGUGGACAAAAACAACGAGUAGCCAUAGCUAGAGCGAUCUUGAAGGAUCCGAGGAUUCUACUGUUGGACGAGGCUACUAGUGCACUAGAUGCAGAAUCAGAAAGAGUAGUGCAAGAGGCAUUAGACCGAAUAAUGGUGAACAGAACCACCGUAAUUGUUGCACAUCGGUUGAGCACAAUUAGGAAUGCCAAUAGGAUUGUUGUCAUUCACCAAGGCAAUGUAGCUGAAAAAGGGACACAUUCUGAACUACUGGAGGAUCCUCAAGGGUUGUAUUCACAGCUCAUACGCUUGCAAGAAGUAAACAAAGACACACCAGAGCAUGCCAAAGGCAAAGAAAGAUUAGACACGAGUGUGGAUUUGGGAAGAUCGCAGUCAAGUCGAAGGAUGUCGCUCACACGUUCCAUAAGUCGAGGCUCAUCCAGCAGCCGUCAUCAUUCACUGCCAUUCACAAUUGGCCUUCCUGCAACAACACUCAACAUCUCCGAAUCUGCACUAGAGAAAUCAGAUCCUAAAUCAUCUGAAAAGCCUCCAAAAGUCCCUCUCCGCCGCCUUGCCAAUCUCAACAAGCCAGAGGCACCAGUGCUCGUAGCAGGAGCCGUCUUCGCCAUCAUAAAUGGCUCUAUAAUGCCAAUCUUUGGCAUACUAAUAUCUAGUGUGAUUGAGUCCUUCUUCGAGUCCCCUAGCGAGCUGAGCAAAGACACAAAGUUUUGGGCUAUCAUAUUCGUGGUACUCGGGGUGGUGUCUCUGAUCGCAUAUCCAGCAAGGACGUAUCUCUUUGGUGUGGCUGGGAACAAGCUGAUCAGGAGGAUCCGACUGAUGUGCUUCGAGAAGGUGGUGAAUAUGGAGGUGGGGUGGUUUGACGAGGCAGAGCACUCAAGUGGGAUCAUUGGAGCGAGACUCUCUGCUGAUGCUGCCACCGUUAGAGCUCUGGUUGGCGACGCGCUUGCGCAGAUGGUUCAAGAUUUGUCAUCAUUGGUUGCAGGGUUAGCCAUUGCUUUCCAAGCUAGCUGGCAGUUGGCUCUAAUCAUACUGGUGAUGCUGCCUCUAAUAGGAGCGAAUGGGUAUGUGCAGAUGAAGUUCAUGAAAGGGUUCAGCGCAGAUGCGAAGGCAAUGUACGAGGAGGCGAGCCAGGUGGCGAAUGACGCAGUGGGGAGUAUAAGGACGGUUGCUUCCUUUUGUGCAGAGGAGAAAGUGAUGGAGAUGUAUAGGAAAAAAUGUGAAGGGCCAAUGAGCAGUGGGAUUAAGCAGGGGUUGAUUAGUGGAGUAGGUUUUGGUAUAUCCUUUGCCCUCCUCUUUCUGGUUUAUGCUACCAGCUUUUAUGCCGGAGCACGACUCGUUGAAGAUGGCAAAAUCACUUUCUCUGAUGUAUUUCGGGUUUUCUUCGCUCUAACCAUGGCUGCCCUAGCAAUCUCGCAAUCGAGCUCUUUCGCACCAGAUUCAAGCAAGGCCAAGGUUGCAGCAGCUUCGAUAUUCACCAUUUUGGACAGGGAAUCGAAGAUCGAUCCUAGUGAUGAAUCUGGUAUCAAAUUAGAUAGCGUAAAGGGAGAGAUCCAGCUCAAACACGUGAGCUUCAAGUACCCGACCCGACCCGAUGUGCAGAUCUUCAGAGACCUCUCCUUGACGAUUCAUGGACAAAAGACAGUAGCCCUGGUUGGAGAGAGCGGGAGCGGCAAAUCAACGGUGAUAUCGCUGCUACAGAGAUUCUACGAUCCUGAUUCAGGACGUAUAACCCUAGACGGCGUUGAAAUCCAAAAAUUCCAGCUGAAAUGGCUGAGGCAGCAAAUGGGGCUGGUGAGCCAAGAGCCGGUGCUCUUCAACGACACGAUCCGCGCGAACAUAGCCUACGGGAAGGAAGGGGAGGCGACGGAGGCAGAAAUAAUCGCGGCGGCAGAGCAGGCGAACGCGCACAAAUUCAUAAGCGGGCUGCAGCAAGGAUACGACACGGUGGUGGGGGAGCGCGGGGUGCAGCUGUCCGGGGGGCAGAAGCAGCGCGUGGCGAUCGCGCGGGCCAUCGUGAAGAGCCCGAAGAUACUGCUGCUGGAUGAGGCGACGAGCGCGCUGGACGCAGAGUCGGAGAGAGUGGUGCAGGACGCGCUUGAUCAGGCGAUGGUGAACCGGACGACGGUGAUUGUGGCGCAUAGGCUGUCCACGAUCAAGACGGCAGAUUUGAUAGCGGUCGUCAACAAUGGAGUGAUUGUGGAGAAAGGGAAGCAUCAGAGUUUAAUUAACAUCAAAGAGGGAUUUUACGCCUCAUUAGUUGCGCUUCAUAUCACUCCUGUGAAACCGUAAUUUUUACUUCGUUUUUUUUUGUUUUCAAUCUUAGGCCUUAGCUAGUGUUUACUCAAAAUGUAAUGCAUCAUCUCUGAGGCAAUUUAUUCUGUGCAACCAAGAUUAUUCUCUGAGGCAA